CAUUUUCCAUCCACCCCCCCAAAGCGACAGAGAACAGAGGCCGGAGCAGCAGCAGCUUCUGUAGCUGCAAAUGGCGAAGAGCUUCGAGGACUUCCAACCCAUCUUCGGAGAAGCGAAAGCAGAAUGGGAGAGCACGCAAGCAUCUGUACACCCUCACCCUCUCCUACCCUUCCUCUUUCACGUCCACGCUCUAGACUCUUCUCGCCUCCGAAUCCACGUCUCUGAUUUCCACUCAUACACUUGGGAAAGCAUCCGGACCGUCCAACAUCUGGAAGACUUGAGAGAUGUCAUUGGAGUCGGUGGUUCAUGGUCUGAGUUCAUCGAUUAUCUCAUAGCAUCCAUGUCAUCGGAUGGUGUAAAGCUUGUUUUGGGAGCUCUGCCGAAUUCGAACAGUGAUUCUGGUGCCACGUCUGGAAAGUUGAUGGCGCACAAGUCUAAGGGAAUGCCUCUCAUCUCAAUUCCUCUUAACAGACUCACGAACUCAUCUGCUAAUGAUGCCAUGGCAAAUCUAUCUAUGGAACUGUUCAAAGCUUUCAAAAGCAAGCAUAACGAGGUGGUAAAAGCAGAACAACAGCGCUUGUAUAGAUUGACAGUGACACUAGCCGCUGAACAGGACAAAAAUGAAAGCAUACAGAAUCAACUUGAUGCAGUUAAACGGAAGCAACCAAAGUUGCAUGCAUCAGAUAAGGCAUUCCCCAUUUCUGGUUCUGUCGAUAAUUUUGAUACAAUGUCAGUUUCUGACACCCAACAAUCAUCAGAGACCCUGUCCACUCAAAGUCCUCAGUCAGUUCACCGGGUUGUCCCUGCAUAUCGCAGGGCAAAAGUAAGAGGCGCCCUCUUGCAAGAUACUGAGGAUAACAAUGCUGGCUAAUGUUAAAGAGAUCCCAUGCCAGUUUCUUUUGGUAUGGUUCAAACUGAUUCACUGCUGACUAUGGCACCUCUCUCCCAUUGCAUCUGGUUUCUUCUUAAAAUUUGGUAUGAUUUGAUUUUCUUUUGUUUAGCUUUUUCCCCGUCUUCCACUAAAAAAGGUUUUGAAGAGACUGGGUAUCCAUACUUUGCAGCCAAACAGUCAGCCUGCUCAUUUUACUUUUUCAAAUAGUACACUGAUGAUUUGGUUAGAUUUCGUAGUAAAUACAUCUGCGUUGCUAACUGGCAGCUUACAAUGUAUAUGAAUGUUCAUAUUUUUCUUUCAAUCUGGAAUUGGCUGAUGCAGAUGUCAUCAGAUUCCAGUUGACUUGUAAAUGGAAUUUGUUGACGGCAUUA